UUCUUGCGGGGCGCUGUAACCUGGAUGGUAUAAAAGGCUGAGGCCGAGGGUGGCGUCUGUUUGGUAGAGUUGAUGACCCAGCCGGUCGAAGAUCACAGGAUGGCCACGUCUUCCGUGAAGGACUCCGUCCUCACCCACCUACUGGUGGCCGUGUUCGGGAUGGGGUCAUGGCUUGCGGUGAACUCCCUGUGGGUGGAACUUCCAGUGGUGACCAAGAGCCUACCUGAAGGGUGGAACUUGCCGGCCUAUCUGACUGUGCUGAUUGCUCUGGCCAACGUGGGUCCCCUCUUCAUCACCGUGGCUCACAAGUUUUUACCGGGUCUGCUGGAGGAACGGUGCCUCAUCUACACCAUCCAGGCCCUCGGUGUUGUCUCCUCCGGUGCCCUGGCCCUCCUGGGACAGGACCAUGGAGAUUGGCGGAAUGCAGCGCAGUGUUGCCUUCCUAACCUUGACCUUUGUCCUGGCCUCUGUCUGCUGCACCUCCAACGUCACCUUCCUGCCUUUCAUGUAUCACCUGCCUUCCAAAUUCAUCCGAUCCUUCUUUGUGGGCCAGGGCUUCAGCGCCCUGGUGCCCUGCCUAGCCGCCCUGGUGCAGGGUGUCGGCCAACUGGAGUGCCGCAAUGUUUCAGACGCCAAUAGUUCACACGCUCUUCAGCCCCACUACCUGGAAGAAAACUUCACAGCCAGCUCCUUCUUCUGGCUUCUGGCAUUCCUGAUGUUGGUCUCCAUGCUGUCCUUUGUUUUCCUGACCUGCCGGUCUGCCAGGAACAGCAAA